UUUCAAGAUCUGUGCCUGAGAUCAAGAUGAAAUAGACACUUUAUUUCUUCAUCGGAAACAGAUUACAUCAUAGAAUUGUCUCCAUAAAUAGUGAAGAUGGUUGAUUCUUUAGGUGCCAUCACGUUUUGGGGAUUUAGCUCGGCGUUAGAUCUCCAGGACAAAGAUCUGGUAUCAAGAAUCAAAGACGUAAGUGUAAAUGAUGGAGCUGAUGAUGCCAUUCAGAUCCUUCUGAUUGGUAGUGGUGAUAUACGACAUCUUCUUACAACAGUAGCUAGAGCAUGGAGACACAGAAAGAGAAAACUGAAGUUCUACAUUAUCGAAGGAAACCUGGAGCUUUACAUCCGUCAGCUCCUUCUUCUCCACCUCAUCCUGGAGCCACCCAAGGAUAUGGGUCUGCAGGAGAAGACCGAAUUCUUCCUAGAGAUCUACGGCAAUACUCUGAUCAGACAACAAGUCUUUGAUUACAUUGUAUCAAGGAGCAAUCAACUACUAAGGAUGGUAACGGAUGCAGAUUACCUCUCUGAAAGAAUGCCAUCGGUUCAUCUCUCUGCUCUCAAGUUUAAAGAGAGGGACCAAAUGGAAGCCAUAUUGAAGUUCUUAAGGAAUCCUGAUCUAAGGACGGCUGAUAUCGCAAAGUUUUGGGAUAACAGAUUACGCAAACAUCUUGAGGUGCGCUAUGACUCCCGCAAAGGAGCGUAUGACUGGGACUACAGUAUGAAGCUCGGGGACAGAGGUAAAGGUGUGUUGAAUAACAGAGAGUAUGCCUAUUGGAGAGAGACCGGGAUAGCAUUUGGUCUCCGUGAAGCAGAUUAUAACAUUCAGAAUAGGACAUUGAUUUCUGGUCUUAUCAUCAGAAAGGGAGGUGAUCGUAUAGCUGAGAGGGGAUACUGGGGUGAUAUAGUUUGCAGUCCGUACCUCAGCUAUGGCAUUGAAUGUGAGGAAGAAAGUUUCUUCAAGAAAUCAAAUGGUUUGUACACCAAGACUAGUCAAGAGGUUGCUGUGUACAACAUUCUAUCACUCCUACAUGAACUGACACACAAAGAGAGAUAUGUGAUGCCAGUCCCUAAACCAGCUGAAGAGAAGAAAGAAGAGGGUAAACUGGUAGAAAUCACAGAAGAAGAUGAAGAGGAGGAAGAAGAGAAGGAAGACGAUGAAAAGGUGGUGGAAGUUGAAGAUGGGAAAGCAGAAACUGAAACUGCUGAGUUGAUGUCCCUGGAUAAUGUUGAAAUCCAUUAUCUACCGAUCGGUUCAGCACCUGACCUUCAGAAGAAGAGCAAGUAUAAGAGAGCGUUUGAUGUCGUCUACUUCUCAAACAGUAUGGUUCAUCACCUUACCCCUGAGAUGUCAGCGGUGUUUUCAGACAAGGCUACUGUUAUCUGUGAGACGGCUAGAUAUAUGUUAGAACUCAAGAAAGAACAAUGUCAGGAGUUUGUUAACAAGGUUACAGCCAUGGCAAAGAAUGCUGGUUGCCAGGCAUCCAACCCAGUAGAUGGUUUUACAUGCUCUACGAUGAGGUUCACCUUUGAGAGGAAAGGAGACUCGUGACACACACCACUAUGAGUAGGGGGAGGAUGCAAGAAGCCUCCUAUUCAAUUAAUUGCAAGUAUCUAUCACAACUUUGCCAUUGAUUUACAUCUGAGAGGAAAUGAGAGUCAUGACCCUCCUGCCCUGAGAGGGUGCUGCAAGAAUUUUCUUCUUCCAGUAAUUUGUGAAUAUGGAUUUCAACUUUGCAAUUAGUUGGAUUCACAAUACGAUGUUCCGCCUAUCAGUCGUUGCGGAUACGCCAAAGUCUAACUUCAGGGUUGACAUUGCAGGUGCAGGCAGCGUAUAGUGCUAGUAUACAGGGGUGUGAGAGUUCAGAUUUAUCUGAUUUCAGAUUUUUUUUGUUUUUAUUUUCAGCUUAAUUUCAGCUUAU